GUUUAUGAUGAAUGUGACUUGGGAAGGUAAAGAUCUGUCCUUCACAGCCGACGGUUACCAGGCGCACCCCAGGCUGGUGGUGAUAGUACUGAACAACGAGCGCGAGUGGGAAAAGGUGGGGAAAUGGGAGAACAACUCGCUGAGCCUGAAGUACUCGGUCUGGCCAAGGUACAGCUCUUUUGCAGACAGCGACCCAGACGACAACCAUCUGAGUAUCGUCACCUUGGAGGAGGCUCCCUUUGUCAUCGUUGAGGAUGUGGAUCCUCUGAUGGAAAGCUGCCAGAAAAACACCGUGCCAUGUCGUAAAUUUGUCAAAAUUAACAACAGGACUAAUGAGGGAAUUAAUGUAAAGAAGUGCUGCAAAGGAUUCUGCAUCGAUAUCUUGAAGAAGUUGUCUAAAACUGUCAAGUUCACAUAUGACCUGUAUUUGGUGACUAAUGGGAAGCAUGGCAAGAAAGUCAAUAAUGUGUGGAAUGGAAUGAUUGGUGAAGUGGUAUAUCAUCGUGCAGUUAUGGCUGUGGGGUCUCUCACUAUUAAUGAAGAGCGCUCUGAAGUGGUUGACUUUUCAGUGCCAUUUGUUGAGACUGGGAUUAGUGUCAUGGUGUCACGGAGCAAUGGCACAGUUUCACCAUCUGCUUUUCUAGAGCCUUUUAGUGCUUCUGUCUGGGUGAUGAUGUUUGUGAUGCUUCUCAUUGUGUCCGCCAUGGCUGUCUUUAUAUUUGAGUACUUUAGUCCUGUAGGAUAUAACAGGAACUUAGCACAAGGGAGAGAUCCCCAUGGGCCAUCCUUUACCAUUGGAAAAGCGGUUUGGUUACUCUGGGGCUUGGUGUUCAACAACUCUGUGCCUGUGCAGAACCCCAAGGGCACGACGAGCAAAAUCAUGGUGUCGGUUUGGGCUUUCUUUGCUGUCAUCUUCCUGGCUAGUUAUACUGCCAACUUAGCUGCGUUUAUGAUUCAAGAGGAAUUUGUUGACCAAGUGACUGGACUGAGUGAUAAAAAG